UCAUUGGUUGCGUGCUAUUGUCAAAAGUGUUUUUUGUGGUAAAUAAACCACAUCAGCAUAUCGUCAACAAAAUUCUUGUUUUUCCAAAGAAAAAGAAAAAAAACGGUAUUCCGAUCCAAUCCACAAUUGAUUUGAUUGAAAUACGUGAAUAGUGAAAAUGCGGGUUCAUUUUCGAGAGAAAUAUGGAACAAAAGGAGAAGAAAUUUUAUAUGUAACACCAGCAGGUCAAGAAUCAAUUGUGAGAGUGCCUCUGACAAGAGUGGCGACCGACGAGAAACCACUUAUAAGCGAAAAUUUUGCUUUGUACAGAAUAUUCCGGAACUUGUUUUUACCACAGGGUUAUCCGGAUAGCGUGAGUGAGGAUUAUAUUCAUUACCAAUUCUGGGAUACAGUGCAGGCCUUUUGUUCGACAAUAAAUGGAACACUGUCCACACAUGCCAUUCUCAAAGGAGUUGGAGUUGGUAGCGAUAUCGUGAAUCCACUCUCUGCUACAAUCACAUGGGUGUUGAAAGAUGGUGCCGGACACUUUGGGAAAAUCUUUUUUGCCUGGUGGAAAGGAUCGCAGUUGGAUAUCGAUUCGAAGAAGUGGCGUAUUCGAGCUGAUAUAUUGAAUGACAUUGCCAUGGCAGUGGAAAUUUUGGUUUUACCCCAAUAUGAAAAGUAUACAACGUAUAUUCUAUGUGCUACAACAUCGAUGAAAGCGAUUGUUGGUGUUGCCGGUGGUGCCACUCGUUCUGCGUUAACACAACAUCAUGCAAUCAGAGGAAAUUUGGCCGAUGUUGCUUCAAAAGACAACUCCCAAGAGACUGCUGUUAAUUUAAUCGCUUCAUUUGUCGGACUGUAUCUAUUAUCUGCCAUCACUAGUCAUUCAGUUUUGCUAUCGAUUUUCUUCUUGAGCAUUGCGGUGCAUAUUUUCUCCAACAUUCGUGCUGUGAAAUCAGUACGAUUACGUACAUUGAACGAGUCCCGAUAUUUGAUUGCCUUAGAAGAGUACUUCCGAUCCGGUAAUGUUUUAUCCGUCGAAGCUUGCAAUGGAUUGGAGCGAGUUACAAUUGGCCGUAUGGUGUCUGUGUCGCUUCCGAUUCGUGUUGGACUUUCUAUACAGCAUUUGAUUGAACAAAUUCGAGCAACGCCAGAAAUAGAAAAUAUCAUUAUGCAAUUCGAAAAGACCAAUGAGAAAUUCUUGAUAGCCGAGAGUAAAAAAUUUAUUGGCAUCUAUUUACAUUUGGACGCACGUCCGCAAGAUGUGCUCAAGGCAUAUUUUUAUGCCGUUUCUUAUCUACAAGAUCGAACACAAUUGAGAGAUCGAAUCUGGGAAGUGCAAUCGAAGUGGAGCGAAUUCAUUACAAUGGCUCAACGUGAAAAUUGGGCAAUAUUAAAUCAUCUGAUUUAUGUGGAUGAAUAUCGAAUCGAAUGGAAAAUGUAAAUUGAAUACACCCAUUUCCAUCUCGCAUAGCAUAUAAUGUUUUUCUUAUGAGAAAAUUCACUCAAUUUUAAUCACAAUAAUUCUCGAUUCCAAAGAGAACUCAGCAAACGUUUGAAUACACUAAAUUAUAUUUUUUGCCUGUUUGGUUGAGUGACACCCAUGAAAUUUUCAUUGAAACUCGAUAGAAAAUCGACCCGUUUUUUUAUAAAUUCACUUUUGAUGACUAUAAGGAUUCAGACCCAAGAGCGUAAAAUAAGACGAUUUGGUGAGAAAAACCGGUUGUUAAAGUUUAAUUUUGGUAGCCAAGAAUUUUGGUGUUCCGUCCAAAAAUUCGGUUUUUGAUAGUAAAGAAAAGUCAUCAUACCAUCCGGUAGUCAAGUCAAAUCCUAAUUUUACACUCUGUUGUUGAUAUACAAAUGUAACCACGUAAACCAUGUUUAAACAACAGAGAUUUAUCUCUCUUUCUAUUUUAUUUCCAUUGAAGAUAACGAAUAGGGAUGUAUGUUUUAGAGCUAUUACAGAUGAUUCGCUGAAAAAAAACAUAUUCUUCAUUCGUUAUCUUUAAAAGAUAUUAUGGGUCACAUCGAUCAAUUCUGUAUAAAAUCAUGAUAAUUCUGAGCAUCAAAUUGUAAAUUUAUUCUCGACGGGUCAAACGAAAGUCAAUUUUUUAAUUCCACAAUCUUAUCAGAAUUUCAUUCAAUUCAAUCGAUGACGCUUCACUAUUUCAAUUGCAGCACAAAUAAAAAUUAAACAAUUCAAUUAAAAAUAGCUUUUGAAAGCAAUCAGUAGCAAACAUUUCAAGUACCUAGACUAUAAAUUUUAUCGAAACUGAAACAAUUUUGUGAUUUUUACUCUAAACAUCGAUGAUCGAUAGGUUUUAUUUCACUUCUUUUAGCACACAAUAUUGUCAAAUUCAUCAUUAGAAAAUUAUAAGACGAAGAAGAAAGCAAAGCGCCAAGAUGAAGAAUUUAACACAGAAGUCAAAUUUAUUGAUUUUAUUAUGAAUUAGAAUUUUUUUAAGAAAUUCAUAUAGAGAGUAAAAGGUGAUGUGUUCAUGUGUUCAUUUUUGGAAUAAUAACAGUUUUGGUGGAACAAUGAAAAGAACUGUACUUUUACGAUUUUAGAAACUCACAUUAUUUGACUUCACACACCGAAAGACUUCGAAGUAAGAAGGAAGGAACCUCUAUUUCGUUCUCAUUCUUGGCACGAAAAAAAUAAUAAAUCUCAAGUUUUUAACACAAGUUUUAUUGCCACAUACAAAUACACAUACUAUAUAAAAAUCAAUGUAUAUUGGUUCACACUUUUUUUAUUAAGGUAGAAAUUGUUCGAAAUUGAGGUAUAAAAAAGCGCAGGUCAUUUUUGAAGACUCAAAAUAAAUGUAAAACAAAAAUUGAUUUCUAUGAGACAAGAUUAUGAUAAUAAAAAGAAAAUAUCAAUUGAAAAAAUCUGUGAGGUACCUUUCGAAACGACAGACAAAAAAUCGGCUUUAAAAUUAUGUACGUGACAAGAGAAAAUUAUAUUGUAAAAGAAACAUUUUUUUUAUCGACAUUUUAUGUCUAUAGAUGAAGUAAAUAAAAAUAAAUCGCUUAUUAGGACAUUCCAAGAUAGCAAUUUAUCAAUAGGAGUAUUCUCAUUGAAAACAACCGAAAAAAAUAUCAUUUCAAAGUAACUCAAUAAAGAGCAAACAAAAGGAGAAUAUA